UUUUUAACCACUUCCCAUCCGGCCCAUGUAUAUAAACGGCCGAACGGUGGCAGUGCAGGGUCGGGUGGACGUUUAUAAACUGCUUGUGCGCACUCCCUGGGAGCAUGCAGCACCGCUAUCCAGUGGAACACCAAUCGUCAGACCGGACCUCUGUGCGAGGUCCCGAUCACCGUGAUGUACGGGACCUCUGUGUGAGGUCCUGAUCAUGUGAUCACUGAUUGGUCAAUCACUGAUCACGUGAAGAGUAGUAAGCAAGAUGUCACUUCUGACAUCAUUGCUUACUACGUGUGAAAUAUGUGAAUGAUCACAGAGGUCACAUGGUACAAGGCUAUUCACAACAGCCUUGUACCA